AUUCAAAUUAAGCUUUUUAUAACUUCUCGUGCAUUUAUAUCAAUCCUUCUUCUGUAUAUCGAUACUAUGAUAGUUUCUAUAAUAUCCGCUAGCGGUGGAAAGAGCGCUUAACUCAUACCGGAUCGAUAGGAAGUUGAGGAGACUCCGAAUGACGUCAUCCGAACAUUUACCAAUAAGAGAAAUGUGUAGUGGCGCGCGCCUGACCUUCCGCGUUUAUAAGCGAGCCACGAGGCCCACCAUCACAUCCGCUCGGGGUGUCGUGCUUCCGAUUAUUUUAUAUCCCCAGCUAUGGAGGAUAAAGGGUGCAAUGAAUCGGAAUGGCUCUAUCUCAACUUCUCUUCUAUAGAUUUCCCUAGCGAUACCUCUCUUAGAGAGUUCACGUGGAAGGAGUACGCAAAAAUCGUGAGUUACGUGUUGUUAAUGUGUGCCACUAUAGUGGGUAAUUUGGGUAUCGUCUUCGUCGUAAGUCUCAACAACUCCAUGCGUACCACCAUCAACAUAUACCUGAUGAACCUAGCAGUUGCUGACUUGUUGAUCUGUCUUACCUGCAUGUGGGUACAUCUGUGCAACGAUUUGACAGAACCCAUGUACGUUCUAGGACCUUUCAUGUGCAUUUUUAACCCUUUCGCUCAAAUGACGUGUCUGACGGCUAGUGUAUUAACUCUUUCUGCCAUUUCCUGCGACCGAUUUAUCGCUAUCAUGUUUCCUCUACAUGUCCGCAUCACUAAACAAAGGACUAGUGCUGUCAUCACAGUCAUCUGGAUCGUUUCCAUGUUGGCUGCUAUUCCUUUCCCCAUCUACAGAACUCACGUGGAAAGACAGUGGAGCGAUUUCCUGGAGAUCCAAUGCUCAGACGUUUGGCCCCACGAAGUGGUUUAUUCGGAAGAAUUAGGAAGAUGUAUCAAACUGGUCAAAGGAAAGAAGAUCUAUUACACUUUCGUCACAAUAGCCCUUUUUUUCCUACCAAUCGUCAUCAUGUCCACCACCUAUUCUCUCAUCGUUAGGAGACUGUGGAUGAGCGAACUUCCGGGAGAGAGAAGCACUUCUAACAUUAACAUUCAACACAGGGCUAAGAAAAAGGUGAUCAAAAUGGUUUGUGUAGUUCUAGCGGUGUUCGUUCUCUGUUGGAUGCCUCUCCAAAUCAUUGUCCUCUACUCUCAAUUUGGACAUAAAGAUGCUCCUCUUCCGGAAUGGUUUUUGAAUUUCAAUUAUUUCGCUACUUUUGCGGCCUAUUCCAAUAGUGCACUCAAUCCAAUUAUUUAUGGUGGUUUCAACAAUAACUUUCGACAAGCUUUCCUCAAAUUAUUAAAGUGUAGUUAUAGGAGGAGAACCUUCGAGAGACCUCGAUCGGCCACUCAGAGAUCUACAACUUCUUUAUUAUUCUGGAAAUUCUCUAAAAAUAAAACCGUCUCCACCUUUCGUUUAUCGUCCUAGAGGACAUCGAUAAGGGUUCACGUAUGACCUUCAGCACGGCCGUGACGUGGAGCUCUUCUCACGGAAGGAACAAGACGAACGACGGAG